GCAGGUCGCUCCCAUGCCUUCCCGUCUCGGCUCCAUAAAAAUUGCUUACUAACUCUAGAUAAUUAAAGUGAUCAUAAUUUAUUUCAUGUUUCAAUUUCUGGAACUUGUGAAUAUUUGAUUCGAAUUUGAGAAAAGAUAAACCGCAGUGUAUCAAAUGUUCCAAAAUGACUAACAACUCGCAAACGUUGUUGGAUAUAUUCAACGAGAUACUAGCUGCAUCCGGGAACUCUUCGGAUAUAAACAGCAUUGAUGAAAGCAGAAUACUCUCCGUGCUAAAGGAGCAGGCGUCGAAAGAGAGAAGUAAAGAGAACAUUGGUUCUGUACUCGUGCAAGUUGUGAACGAUGCCAAGCUUAAUAUUCCUAUGAAACCUGAUACGUGUGGUUAUUGUGAAGGUGAUUUCAGAGACGUUGUGGAAGCCUACAAUAACAUUCACGGCUACGUAAGCCUUAUAGUAUGUACGAUAGGUGUCCUAGCAAACACGAUGAACGUGGCCGUGCUGACGCGUCGCGACAUGGCGGCCGCUCCGAUCAACCGCCUUUUGAAAUGGCUGGCUGUUGCUGACGUCUUCGUCAUGCUUGAAUACGUCCCUUUCGCUAUUUAUAAAUACCUGAUACUUCCAGAGACGUUGGAUUUUUCUUAUUCGUGGGCCAUGUAUCUUUUAUUUCACAUGCAUUUUGCCCAAAUACUACAUACCGCUUCAAUAUGCCUGACGCUCUCAUUAGCUAUAUGGAGGUACAUCGCCAUAAAGUACUCUGAUAGGAGCCAUAUUUUAUGUACGGAGAGGCGCUGCAGUGUGGCCAUAUUGAGCAGCUUCAUUCUACCGCCAAUAUUAUGCAUUCCCACGUUCAUGGUAUUUGACAUCCACACAAAGAACAUCAGCGACACAAAUGGCCAUGCUGAUAUCGUGUACCACGUCGAUUCUAACAGCCAAGGCAGUUUAUAUCAAACCAAUUUCUGGGUACAUUCUGUUCUCAUAAAAUUGUUACCGUGUUCGAUCCUGACUGUUAUAAGCAUGUGGCUUAUUAGAGCAUUGUACAAUGCUAAUCAACAUCAGAAGAAUUUAAGGAAUUACAGCGCCUGUCCAGCUGCCGAGAAAAUGGUCAAAAGACAGCACAAAGCCGAUAAGAGAACGGAUAGAACAACUAAAAUGCUGCUUGCAGUUUUAUUGCUUUUCCUGGUGACGGAAUUACCGCAGGGGAUUUUGGGCCUUAUGAGUGGAUUACUGGGGUCGUGUUUCUUUAAACGUUGUUACGGAUUAUUCGGCGAAUUGAUGGACUUCCUCGCUUUGUUGAAUGGAGCGAUAAACUUUAUCUUGUAUUGCUCAAUGUCACGGCAGUUCCGGCAGACGUUCCGACAGUUGCUACUGCAGAAACACUUCGGCAGAUUCCUUCCGGCGACUGCUUCUCACUCGGACACCCACAAGGAGAAUACGUACACGGAAAAGAUAAAAAGAUAACUACAGCAGGCCACCGAAAUUUGAGUUACUAUGGCAAAAACUUCAGUACCUUGAGGCCGAGCCUUGCAGGGUAAUGCUCCCGUUGUGUGUGAACAUUACCUGUGACGAUACUGUUAAAUACUCAAGAGUGAAUGUGUUAAAAAUAGCUUUAAGAAAGUUUUUAUUUACGUAAUUGAUUUAAGAAUUUUUAUGAGUUGUGCAUUGAUUUUGUAAAUAUACAUAUUUUAAGUUUUUUAUUAUACACAUAAAUAUGAUGUUAGGAAAUAAUAUGAGUGAUUUGUUAUUCUGCGAAAAUUUGAACUUUUGGUAUAAUAUGAUGGACACAAACAAGUGGUAAAGAAGAGAGUUUAUGAGUUAAUGAAUGUCGUCUCGAUUCAUGCGUCACUGUGAGCGCACACACUAAAAUCGAAUAUGCAUAGUGUAGGUAUACGUUUUCUCCAUUAGUUCGGCUAUUGUUUACAAAAAUGGUAUUCUAUGACCAAGCACAAUAGAAAAUUAAUGAGCUAUAAUGUCAUGUGAAAGGAUAAAAAGGCGUAGUUAUUUUCGAAUUGUCGAUUGUUAUUUAUAAUCUUUUAUUCGUUUAUCUUACCUAUAUCAUCGAUUAAAUCGAAAUUAAAUUAAUUAAAUUUGGCAGUAAAUCAUUAUAAUACUAUCUAUGAUGGUCAUGCUAUUUAGUUCCUGUAGAUAUAAUAACAUAUUUAUUAAUUUAAUACUUUCCAUUUUUUACAUUUUGUAUAAUAGUUUACAUGUAUAAGCCGCAAUGCGUUAAAUAAAAUUUAAAGCAUGCGUAAGCUCGUCUAAUAUAUUUAUUAAAAAAAUAAUAGAUAAGGGUUGUCUUUGUAACGACAAGCCAAAUUAGGUAUGAAUAAUAAUGCUUAUAGUUUGUUUGCCAAGUUGGCACAAAAACCUGAAUGUUGUAUAACUGACAUCGGUUUUAACUGUCGAAAUAAAUUUAAAGACCGUUGUAAUUUUUGAAAAAAAAAAAGAAAAUAACUGUGCGAUCGUAAAUAUGCGUGUAUGUUCCCUUGGUUUUGUAUCUGGUAUGUUUUUGUAGUAUGAAAUAUGUUGGCUUUUGAAUCGUAAUUCUUAAAAUUAUAUUUGAAAGAUACAAUUCUUCUCAUAAUUGAUGAAAUGUUUGAGUUAGCUUGAUUCAAAUUACCUAUUAGAUAACUAAGCAAGUAGUUUCUAAUUUCUAGUCGUUGCAACAGUAUCUAAGAAAAUGUGUAAUUAAUUAUUUAAGGAAAAGAUUUAUAUUUUUAAAUAAGCUGUAUACGAAUAAUUCUCUAUUGAGUAAGCCAUAAUCCUAAACAUUUUGAAUAAAUAUAUGUAUGUAAAAUGAUAUGAUAGCGUUAUAUAUAUGUUUUUGUUUCU